AGAAGAAGAAGAAGAAAACGGUACGUCGGUGAAACACUUCCCCCUUCAUUUCCAAAACACAAAGCAGUGUCAGCACUUCUAUGCGAAAAGGCUCGAAAGCUUGGUACAGAGGAGAAGAAUGGAUGCCCUUACCCACAUACUGUCAGACCCUCUUGAUCCAAAAGAAGAACACGAUGAACAAAUCACAGAGGAAUGCAUGCUGGGGAACUGUAGAUUAAACCUUCCAGAGGACCUACUUGAGGACCCUGACGUUUUCUUCUCUGUGAUGAGUGCAAGCACCUGGAGUGAAGUGCUGUCAGAUUCUCAGAGACAGCACCUUCGUCAGUUGUUGCCACAGUUUCCUGACAACAAUGUUGCAGAGCAGGACAGCACCAUCAGUGACAUUUUCCACAACAGAAACUUUAACUUUGGAAAUCCCCUUCAUCUAGCACAAAAACAAUUCAGAGAUGGUUACUUCAAUCCUGAGGUGGUCAAGUACAGACAAUUGUGUGCCAAGUCCCAGAAGAAGAGACAGUUGUACUCCCUCCAGCAGUAUUACCACAGGCUUUUGAAGCACAUCCUUGUCUCCAGAAAGGAGCUGCUAGAGUUUGCGGUUCACAGUGGACUGGACUUUCCGCCGAAAAGAAAGUUAAUGACCAAGACUCAUGCUGAAAUGCGGGAGCCACGGGUAAGAAGAAGAUUGAGCCGCAUAUUAAAGGAGGUCAAAACUGAGUGUGGAGACAGCGAUGCUUCAUCUGAUGAUGACGACAUAUCAUUAUGGGCUCCAGCACCCCAAUCGCCUUCCUCGCCGACACCCACUGUCUCGCUCAGAGUUCUUCCCAGCCUCUCCACCCAAGACAUGAAGACCACUGAGGGAAUAGAACUAGGGGAGCAGGAUUUGAAAGCCAUGCUGCAUAACCAUCGGGAGAAGAGGAAGCGACAGCCAGAUCAUCCAGACUUGAUGACCUCUGACAUUCAUCUUGGAGACAUACUUUCAAGAGCGAAUAUUGGUCGGAAGGGGGCUGUGGCCUUUUUUGAUCUGUCUCUGCCUAAGAAGAAGAUCAAAGAUGAGAGAAGGAAGAAAAAAAUGAGGACAAUAAAAGUGGAAUCUGAGGAUCCCUGUGAAAUUCUUGCACCUUCAGACACCCCAUCAGCUCCAACGGCGAGCAUCAUCAAUUCCCUGCCAGACACCCCGUCUACUCCACUGGCCAACAUCAAGGAAGAAAUUGUGGAGGAGUGUCCGAGCAGCCCGGUUCCAGUUGAGGAAAUAGCUAUCAGUUUCUUCAGCUUGUUGGAGAGCAUCUUAAGGGCAGAAAACCUUACAAGCACUUCAUUGUUGGAGGAGAAGGUUCAAAUGUGGCAGUCCUCUCCAGCCAGCUCCCUCAAUGUGUGGUUUUCAUCUGUCCCAUGUUGGUCUGACUUGGUUCUUCAAGCCCUGCAGUUUCUUGCAGGAGAGACUAAAGAUGGUAUGAUGGCACUCCCCAGUGGAUUUUCUCCAUUUGUGGAAUUUGCUGAUGAAUCUCAGCAGUGGAGGUGGAUCGGUCCCACUCAGGAUACAGAGAAGGAUCUCAGUGCACUCUGUCAGCUGUGGCUGGACUCCAAAGACUUUGUUAUCAAGACGGAAAAUGAGGAUAUGCUCGAGAUGACUUCUCCCACACCAAGAGUCUCAACUGAUUACGUGGUGCGGCCCAGCACUGGAGAUGAGAGACAAGUGUUUCAAAUUCAGGAGCAGCAGCGAUACAACCAGCCACAUAAAGCCUUCACCUUCAGGAUGCACGGCUUUGAAUCUGUGGUGGGGCCUGUGAAAGGGGUGUUUGAUAAGGAGAUGUCUCUCAACAAAGCCAGAGAGCACACAUUGCUCCGCUCGGACCGACCACCAUAUGUUACCAUCCUCUCUCUGGUGCGGGAUGCAGCAGCCAGGUUACCAAAUGGAGAAGGAACGAGGGCAGAGAUCUGUGAACUGUUGAAAGACUCUCAGUUUCUUGCUCCAGAUGUCACCAGUGCACAGGUGAACACGGUUGUCAGUGGUGCCCUGGAUAGACUUCACUAUGAGAAAGACCCCUGUGUAAAGUAUGACAUCGGCCGCAAGCUCUGGAUCUACCUGCACCGCAGUCGCAGUCAAGAGGAGUUUGAGAGGAUCCACCAGGCUCAAGCUGCUGCUGCAAAAGCAAGAAAAGCCCUGCAGCAGAAACCUAAACCUGCAUCAAAGCCUAAGUCCGGAAGUAAAGACGGAGGCAGUAAAACCCCGGGGUGUCUGGAGGCAGGACAGGAUAUAGUCUGCAUUCCCAUGUCACCAACCCGUACAACACCCACCCCAAACACACCUGGAACCCCUAAGUCCCCCUUACCCUGCACGGCCACCACACCAACAAAGACCGGAGUCACUGAUGCAAUCAAAACCAGCACAGGUGUUCUUCUUGUGUCCCCUCCCUCGUUGCCCCAGCUGGGAACCAUCUUACCCACCAGUCAGGCUUGUCCCCCAGUUUCACAGCCGGUCACAUCCCAACACACGGCUCGCAUAGUGAGUCACCUGGCGGCAGGCUCCCUCCCUCAGGUACGGGUGGUUUCUGCUCAGCCUGGUCUGGGUUCUACGUUAGGCAGUCAGCAGGCCACACUGGUACAUCAGGCCCCUCACCAGAUCAGGAUGCCAGUGUCAAUGGCAGCCAAGGGCAUUUCACAGGCAAUGGUUUCUGUGCCUCUGAGGAGUCAGUCUGCCAGUAGUCCAGUCCAGGUGCCAACCACCAUAUCUGUGUCCGCUGUAGCUCUCACCAAACCUCUAGCCAGAUCACCUGGUAGCCCGGCUAACAACCCUGGUUCCCCUGCAAGGCUGCAAGGAGUCGCCGGCCCAAGUAUCAAACAGGUGUCCAUCACAGGCCAAUUGGGAAUUAAGACUGCUGGUGGAGGAGGAAUUCCAAUAACUGCUACAAACCUGCGCAUCCAGGGUAAAGAUGUCCUUCGUCUUCCACCGUCGUCCAUCACCACAGACUCCAAAGGACAGACGGUGCUGCGGAUCACCCCAGACAUGAUGGCUACUCUUGCCAAGUCCCCAGUUGCAACCGUCAAACUCACGCCUGACUUUCUGGGUACCGGCGCCACCGGCAGCAAGAGCAUAUCAGCCACUCUCCGUGUGGCACCACCCCACUCUUCACCUUCCUCUGUUUCCAGUGCUGCAUCCUGUACAGGUGAAAUACAUACCACUAAAGCAGGCACUGUUGCUUCUAGCUUGAUGAAGGCUGCAGGAGACACAGCCAUACGACUGAUGCCCACAUUGGCGGUGACUAUGGCUGACCAAAAAUCAAGGACCUUCUCCAGCGUAUCCUCCCCUGACAAGAGUGGCACCACCAUUCGGAUAAUGCCAGGCCUUGGUGUUAUUCCACAGAAACAAGGUCAGACCAUCACAAUGACGACCACUGGCAGUAAACCGCUCACAGCCUCGACAUGUGCUAAUGUAAUGACCAUGGCUGCCAGUGUUGUGGCUGGUGCCAAGGGGAUUACAGUGGCUCCUGGAGUCUCGUGCUCCACUCUGACGCUCGGAACAACUACAGCCACUGUGCGGCAGGUUCCUGCUACAGUGGUCACUACUCAACCGGGGAAGUUACCUGCACGGAUAACUGUGCCCCUCUCUCUCCUGACCCAACCACUGAAGAGCAAGAGUGUUGUGACCACACCGAUGGUAAAAGGAAGUCUCAACACAAAUAUCAGCAGUCUGGGCAGGAACAUCAUCCUGACCACCAUGCCCGCUGGCACAAAGCUGAUCGCAGGGAACAAACCAGUCAGCUUUGUCACAGCACAGCAGUUCCAGCAGCUUCAGCAGCAAGGACAGGCCACGCAGGUUCGCAUCCAGACGGUCCAGGCACAGCAGCUCCAGCAGCACAUGGCAUCAGGCUCCCAGAAAUCUGUUUCCACAGUCGUAGUCACAACAGCACCUUCACCCAAAUGUGCCCCCGAUCCCCCAACUGCACCUCAACAGUGAUCCUAUGGUCAGUCGGCCAUGAAUCGAGGUCCACUGUGCAGUAUGUAUUUGGUACUUUAUGUUCUCAAGCUGUUUCAGGGCCAAUUGACUUGUUUCUACUCUCCCAUGUGUACUGGUAACAUUUGUUAUUACAGCAUGCCUUUAUUUAUUUCCAAAUUUGAUGAUAAUCCUGCAAAGAUCACCAGGCUGUUUCCAUAGAUUCUGUUUUCUUUCAGUAACUAACACACUUUCAAAAGCCCAGUUGCCCUGUUGAUAUUUCACAAUAAUCUCAUAUAAAACUACUAAUGUAUAUAUGACUUUCAAUAAGAUACUCUGUCCCUUUUUUUGUAAUGUUUGAUGUAAUGCAAUAUUAGCAAUUGUGAAGAAAGUGGGCCUUAACUCUGUCUGAUUUAUUUGAAUGUUGUAACUUGCUGAUUUUUGUUUUAAUACAUUAUUUGUGUUGUA